UGAGUUGGUGCCGGUCAGUCCCGAAGGCUGAGGGGCCGCGGCUGGGUGGAGCGGUGUCCAGAGGGGUCGCCGAGCAGGUCUGUGGCGAGGCGGGGUCCGGCGGCCGGCACCAUGUCUAGGCAGGCGAACCGUGGCACCGAGAGCAAGAAAAUGGAAGGAAGGAGGAGGGGGCUGCCUGUGGGCCUGGAGGGGAGAGUCACGCCGGGGACGUACCGGGCCUGAAGCAGGUUGCAGGGCCGCUGGAGUAGCUCAGAGAUCCCUCCCCCGACGCCUGAGAGCCGCCGUGUGCUAGACCAACAGCGACGACGAGCUCUGAGCUUUUCACCCUUACCUAUGGGGCCCUGGUCACCCAGCUAUGCAAGGACUAUGAAAAUGAUGAAGAUGUGAAUAAACAGCUGGAUAAAAUGGGCUAUAACAUUGGAGUCCGACUGAUAGAAGAUUUCUUGGCACGGUCAAAUGUUGGAAGGUGCCACGACUUUCGGGAAACUGCAGACGUCAUCGCCAAGGUGGCGUUCAAGAUGUACUUGGGCAUCACUCCAAGCAUCACCAAUUGGAGCCCAGCUGGUGACGAAUUCUCCCUCAUUUUGGAAAAUAAUCCCUUGGUGGACUUUGUGGAACUUCCUGAUAACCACUCAUCCCUUAUUUAUUCCAAUCUCUUGUGUGGGGUGUUACGGGGAGCCUUGGAAAUGGUCCAGAUGGCUGUGGAGGCCAAGUUUGUCCAGGACACCCUGAAAGGAGACGGUGUGACAGAAAUCCGGAUGAGGUUCAUCAGGCGGAUUGAGGACAAUCUCCCAGCUGGAGAGGAGUGACCAUCCCCAGGACUUCAGGGUAGCUAGCAGGAAGGAGCACUUGUUGGAAUCAGAAGCCUCAGCUCCCUCUGCCCUCUAGAACUCAGUGACUCUUUUAACAUGGUUGUUACAUAUUUUUCUGUUUCCAUUCUCCAUGCUAAUAAAGAGCAGACUGCAAUCUAGUCCGUUUACCCCACAAGUGUGCACAUUCAGGAGGGAAACUCUUUGCUCCCUCUCCCUUCAGAGGGGUUGGAUGCAGUCAUCUCUGGUUGGACUAGAGCUCUUUCUGUUUUACAUUCCUGUUUGAAUUUUCCAAAGCAAAACCCGUUUUGAUCCCAUUAAAGAGGCAAGCCUACCCCACAUCUAUUCCUGGGCCUUCAGAAAGCCAUUGGUAAAUGGCUGUAGGGAAUCCAGGGUUGUGGGACAGGGGAGGAGAGGGUGAUAGGGAUGGACAGGAAUUACUGGUCAUGGUGUGACACACUCUAGUGCUUGCCAGGAAAAGGGGAGCCAUGCUGGAAACACUGACUUCUGGGAAGCCACCCAGGUCUCAUUCCUCCCUGCUGUUUGGAGGCAACAUCUCCUCUUUUUACAGAGGGUCCAUCCUUUUUUCUUACAAAUUCUUCAAUAAAGACACAUUCUUGAGUGAAAUCCUAA